AUGGAGCGUAACGCUAAGUUUGUCGAUAUGCUCGAGGAUAGACGAAGGGAUUGUGACUUUUUGUGGGCGACACGGCCUAUGGAUCCGGCAUUACCGCAUAUGUUGCCACCGGAUUCAGUAUAUGACAGGGAGAGGAUCAUGCAAGCUGUCUUGCAGGACAAACAAGUCAAAGCUGCCAUUGAUACAAUAGCAAAGACUACAGGUGUUGAAGUUAAAGAUGUUGAGAAUAAUGCCCGUGCCAUGAUAAACGAGAUGGCUAGUAAAGCAGAUUUGGCGACUGUUCGUUGGAUAGGUAUUUUUAUUACAAAAGCUAUGAAGAGAAUGUUCUCGCAGAUUUAUAUAAAUGAAACUAUGCUUUCUAACUUAAAGAAAGAAACACGAAUAUCUCAAGCACAGUAUAUCUAUGUUCCAUCGCACAGAAGUUACUUGGAUUUUAUUCUGUUGUCAUAUAUUCUCUUUUCUUACGACAUGGCACUGCCGAAUAUUGCAGCUGGCAUGGAUUUUUAUAAUAUGAAAAUAGUGGGAGAACUACUGCGAAAAACUGGAGCAUUUUAUAUAAGACGUAGUUUCUCAAAUGAUUUAUUGUACAAGCAAAUUUUCCGAUCAUAUGUUAACACUAUUGUUAGUCACAGUGAUAGGGCGAUAGAAUUUUUUAUCGAAGGUACACGGAGUCGUAGUCAAAAGAGUACGAUACCGAAAUACGGUCUUUUAUCCAUCAUUAUAGAAAGUUUACUUCAAGGCGACGUGCCCGACAUAUAUUUUGUACCUAUGAGUAUUAAUUAUGAACGUCCACCGGAAGAAUUAUUAUUCGUUUAUGAAAUGCUAGGAGUUCCGAAGCCGAAAGAAAGUACGGCUCGACUUUUUCGGUCACUCUCCAUUCUACAGAAACCUUUUUCUCAUGGACGCAUUUUCUUUAACAUCGGGGAGCCAAUAUCCGCCAGUCAAUUCGUGGAUAAGACAUAUCGACAAAAAAAAAUUUUACAACCUUCCUUCAAAAUUCCAUCAUCAGUUGUAGAGAAUAUAGCUUAUCUUAUAAUAGAAUCACACAAGAAGAAUACUGUACUUAUGCCGAUCAAUAUUAUAGCUUUGCUCCUUAAUGAAAAAAUUCAAACGAAACCGAAAGAACCAUACACACUCGAUUUAUUGAUUCAAGACUAUCAAUGGUUUAAGAGCUUCGUUACUAAGUCAUUGAAAGCCUUAAUGUAUGGAACUGAAACUACUGAUAACGACGCGAUCAAACAGGAAAUAUUGGAAUCUUUAAAACCGCAUGAUGAGUUAAUAGUGCUCGAUUCAUCAAACACGUUAAAAAUCAAACAAAAGCAUAAAAGAAUGAAACAGUUAAAUAAUUCAAAUAUUAAAGGAUACCCUCUGUCUGAACAGACUUUGCAAAUAGCGGUACCUGCCAUUAAUAUUGCUAUUUAUAGCAAUCCGACUUUGGCUUUUUUAGCAGAAAUAGUUUUUAUAACUGCAACGAUAGGAGAGAAUGGCAUUGAAACCGAAGUAGCUUUGGAACGGUAUGAAUUGUUAAGAAGAUUAUUCAGUACAGAAUUCGCGAUGCGAUCAAUUGAAGACAAAACUUUAAUUAAAAUAGAAUGGGAAAAGUCGUUAAAUGUAUUGAUAUCACAGAACUGCUUGUAUACAGUGAACGAUUUAAUUUUUAUAGGAAAUAACACCAAACUGUUUUCUAUCUUGCAUAACAUUAUAUUACCUUUCAUAGACGUUACGUAUGUAAUAUGUAUCUUAUUAUCUGAGUGGACGGAAAGAACAUCAGUCGAACUCACGGAUCAGACAAUUCUUGUCGAAACGCAGAAAGAAGUGGAAAGAUUAAUAUUCGAGACUAAAGACCGGUGUCAACAUCCCUACUGUUUAUCUCUUGAUCUGUGUAACACAGCAUGGUCUAGCUUAUUAUCGCAAGGUAUCGUCGCAUACCAGAAACAUACCAAUACGUAUCGAACGGAUAAAGCAAAAUUGGCAUAUCUUAUUGGAGCAUUGCUCGAAUUACCAUUAAGUCAUCCAACGGAAAUUUACGUCGACGCGUUUCCUUUAAUUAUUUCAACAUCAUCGAUGGAUAUACAAGCUAAAUUAUAACAGUUUAUCAUGAAACAAUGAAUUUGAUACAUCAAUACUAAUA